GCUGGUACUUCACAUGUCAGGGAAUUCCACUCAGUGUAUUGCGACCGGCAACGUGAUGACAUGUUGUAGCGCUGUGAUGUAUAUCUGGAUAGUGGGAUAUAUUCUGGAGAUAACAUUAGUUUCAGGCCAGUCUACGUGGACGGAAUGGUUCAACACGGACACGCCCUACGACGGCACCGAGGAGGAGACGAUCAGCAAAGUGAAACAGACAUACGAGACCCUGUGUCCGAGCGGGUCAGUAGCAGAGGCGGAGUGUCGAGCGGUGGGGACGGCCUUCACCUUCAAGAACAGAUGGACGUUCUCCGGCAAUAUCCUUCACGUUCCCUGUAACGCCACUGGUCUGGUGUGUCGGGACCGCGACCAGCCGGGGACAGUUUUCUGUAGUGACUAUGAGAUCCGAUACUUAUGCCAAGAUGACGAUGACGUCCCCGUGUACGAUGGAGGGUUCAUCGCAAUGGCUGCCGGUCUCUCUGUCAUCGUGCCGCUCAUCUGUGUGCUUAUUGUCCAGCUGAAAAGGGCGAAGGCAGAGCGUCUCAGACAGGAAAACGCGUCGCCGGGUACGACAAGUGCAGACAGCGCCACUCCCUCACGUUACCUGGAGCCACCACCCACCUACGAGCAACUGUUCGGAGAAAGUGGAAUGUUAGAGAGAUACGACAGUACGACGGGCCUCCUGGAUGACAGCAGCAACCCUCACAGCCGGGUGUCCAUUUCCAGUGUGGAGAGCCAAUCAGAUUUGUCUAUUUCUACCAUAUCCGGUGAGAUCAUAGAAGACCGUCCAAUCAGGUCAUCGGGUGUGGAUAACCCGGCAAUGGACAGGAUAGACAUCGAAGUUGAGACAACGUUUGGACCCAGACGCUUCCGAGGGAUGCAUGUAUCACUGCACGACUUAUUCAGUUACAAUGAUCCGAAUGUCACGACACCGCCCCCGACAUACAACGAAGCUCUUGAAAUAUUAAAGAUGAUACCGUCCUCCAGCGGGAAAAUAUCGCCAAUUCAAACGUGAGAUUCCAGUCAACUCAAUGCAUAAAUCCCGGUGCUUCGCGUGUUUCUGGUGGCCAAUUGCCUUCUUGUCAAACAUGCCAGGUUUGAAGGUGAAGGUCAUCCUCUCAGGUUUGUGUUCUUGUAAGUAUCCACAAACGCUUGUUUUGCCAUGUUGGACGGGUACUGCAGGAAUGAUAUCCAUAACCAGUAGACACAUGAACCGCAUACCUUGGACAUCUGACCCCGCCGUGUGCCACCCCUGUCAAGGGGACGGAUGAGGUGCUAGGGCAACUGUGAAAUCAAAGAACUUCCACCAGGGCACUGAACGAAUAGAGGGGUUGUGUGAACAUGAGUGAAAAUGAACAAUUUAAAUACCAAACCAAAGAUGUGUGUUACGAUUGGAUGUGUGAUUCAUAUGCGACCUAUUAUAUGUGACAUUGUUUUCAAGUACAUAAUGUGUCGUCAGCGAGUGCACCUGACACAAUCCCCUGUCAACCCUGUCACAGUUUGGCAGUGCAGCAGAGCAGUGAUGGUGACGGCAGCUCGCGGGUUGGCAAGCCCACACUAAUGGGCCAAACUGUGGGUUGCACAGGGUGGACAUCAAACGGCACAUUUUAUCGAUUUAUAACAAACUAUGACUGUUCGUACCAAAGUCCAAGUAUUGACGUAAAUGGGCACUUUGUUAGAUGUGUGCAUGGCCAUAUUGUGUACAAUUACCACACUUGUCUUCCACUUGCGUGUUAUUCACCAUGGGCUCAUCUGCGUUACUGGUCAGGUGGGACUUGCUUUAAAGGUCGACUGCCGGGCCGCGAGGUCACGUUAUUCCAUGCCUUUGUUGAUACUGUAUACAAUGAAUGUCUCCAAUGUCUCCGGCUGUGUAAAUCCUAACUUAUUUAUUUACUGUCAUGAAUAAAGUAUUAUUGAAUAUAUAA